ACGUCUGCUGCCUAUAGCGACAUCUAGCGGAAGGCGCCAAUCUAAAAAAUGUGAUGGCGGCCUUCUGACUGUGUCUCAGACUUCUGCUGAAUCUUAAACUUCCUUUUUCCCAUUUCUCUGUGGAAAGUCCCCCUCCCCCCAAAUUGCAAAACAGCACAUUGCUUUUUCUUCGGUACUGGCAUAGAAAUUAUAAACAGUACGCAAAGGAAAGAGAGAUACAACAGCAAACAAAAGGCCAUCUCUAAGAUACCAGUAGUAGUUGAUGGAGAACUAUACGUGUCCGAUUUGUAUCAAUCUUCUUAUUGAGCCUGUAACGUUGCCAUGCAAACAUGAGUUGUGUCUUCCUUGUUUCCAACAGAACUUCGAAGAGAGCUUAUGUUGCCCUAUGUGCCGUACACGAAUAUCUUCGUGGGUGAGAAAACAGAGUAAAAUUAAUAAACUUGUCAACGAAAAAAGAUGGAAAGAAAUCAAAACUUUAUUUCCCGAGAAGGUUCGACUUCGUCAAGAAGGCUUCGAGGAAGAUUCCGAAAUAGAUCAAAUUUUUCAACCUCCAAGACUACAAUUAGCAGAACCUGGAGAAAUCCGGGAAGAGUAUGAGAAAGCAGUUAAGAAGCUAAAUGAAGAAAGAGAAGCACAAAAACAGAAAGAGGAAGAAGCAAGUGUAGCUCUCUUAAACUCCCUUCGUGAAGAAGAAGAACGGUUAAGACGUGAACAACAGAAAUUAGAAUCACAACUUAAAAAAGAUGAGGAGCUAGCUCGUCUGUUGGAGUCUGUAGGUACUCCAGCCCUGCAUGGGAAAGAUGAGAGAGUGUUGGAUAGUGAGCAGAACAUUUCAGUGAUGGUCAACAAAGUUGAGGAAAGUGGAAUGAUUGAUGAUAUUACUGGCUGCAAUUCUCUUCAGCCAGUAGUGGUCAUUGAAGACCAUUCAGAGAUAAGGAAGACCAGUUCUAACAGUCACUCACUGGAAACAGACUCUUUGGUAGCUGAAAGUAGUCAGUUGAAAGAUGAUGAUUUCAAUAGAACUUUUGAAGCUGCUGACACCCCAGAUAGUCCCACCUGGUCAGCAGAUGCUACCUCUCCUACAUUGAACUGCAACAAUGUACCCAAACCCAACACAUUGUCCUUCAUCAAAACCCCUUUAAAACAGUUUAAUUCGUUUGGCAUAAAAGAUUCUGAGCGUCGAAUAUUGUUUGAGAAGAAACUGAAUGUGAAUAAAAAAGAUGUUGGAAGAAGCCGCAUUUCAAGUGUUCAUUCGAAACUGAAGCCAAACGUGAAACCCGAUCCGAACUCUAAAUCUGCAAAGCUAGAUUUGUAUUUCAGUAGAAAAGACACUAACCACCAUUCCGGCAACUAUUUCGAUGAUGCUAAAGAUCUCACAGAAGAACAGGACAGAUUGUUUGCAUUAGCACUCCAGAAACAAUAUGAUCUAGAAUUCAAACUUUCUGCAACAGUAAACCGUUCCAAAGGUACAUCAGACGGAUACAAGUUGAGGGCAAAGAAUGAAACAUCAACCAAUGACAAACGCAAAAGGAGCUCAAGCAAUGAGAGAGUCUCCAAGAAAGCAAAAACUUAAAAACAAUUUUUUAAAAAAAACGGAAGAAAUGAGUGAACAUUAGCUUAAGUACUUGGGCAUGUCUCAGGAAGAGCUCACAAUUGGUGGAUGACAGCACUGAUUAAAAAAAAAUCAACUGAAGAGUUUUCUUCACUUCCACAUUGCAAACUAGAUUGGCCAAAUUUAGCUGAUUUCCAAAAGAAAAAAAAAAUUUUUUUUUUGCACUUUUAUUCCAUCUUCCAGAAGAAUGAAAUUGACAGAAACAACAAUAAAAUGUUAUAUUUUGUAUUUAUUUCUUAAGAAA